CCUCAGGAGUCUGCAGUGAGGGGAAUGUCGAUGGAUGCGAUAUGAACCCGUGCAUGAACGGUGGCGUGUGCGAGAACCAGGAUGAACAAUACAAAUGUCACUGUUCCCAAACGAGCUAUAAUGGACACCUCUAUGGAGGGCCGUACUGCACAGUAGUGCUGCUUGGCUGUGAACGUCACUGGUGCCAGAACGGUGCCACUUGCUAUCCGUACCUAGACAAAGGACGGCAUCGAUACACCUGCAUCUGCCCUGAGGGUUUCACUGGAACGAAAUGCCAGAUGUCCACCACCUUCUCUUUUGAAGAAAGAGGAUUCAUGCAGGUCCAAACCAACCUCACUAAUGCUUUGGACCCUUUGAAUGUCACUCUGAGUUUCUGCACGUUGCAGGCAGCGGCUGUUCUGCUCCAGUGCCAAGUUGAAGAUCAGCUUCUUAUGCUGGAGUUAGUGGAUGGAAGGCUGCGGCAUUCACUGCAGAGAGCAAUGAAAGCUGAAAGUGUUCUUCUAGAGCUCCCGUUGAUCGUUUCUGAUGGCCUUUGGCACACGGUCAAGGCCACGCUGCGCAACAACAUGCUCGGGCUGAGUCUUACAGACCCGUCUUGCCUUGAGGACACGUGUCGUAUGGAAGUACAGAUCGAUCAAGCAGAGUCCGAACUGGGUUCAGGUCUGUCUGAGUUGACUGGGAUCCAGAAUCUCUACAUAGGUGGAAGAGGAGAGCAAGAGACUGCUUCAGGCUUUCUGGGAUGUAUGAGGGAUGUGUGGUUGGAUUCACGUGUGGUGGUGCCCGGAUUGGGGCCGAGGACUCCCGCUAAUCAAUUUAAUGUGAAACAGGGCUGCAGUGACUGGGACCGCUGCAGGGAAAACCCAUGCCAGAACAGAGGCAGAUGUGUCAAGACUGGAUGGAGGAGCUUUAGCUGCGAAUGCCAUCGGCCUUAUGAGGGCGAGCACUGUUUAGAUGAGUAUGUGACUGCCAGGUUUGGAAGUGAAGAUCUGGAGAGCUACGCUGUGUUCACAGUAGAAGACAAUCCAGGCGACAGUAACACCGUGUCCAUGUUCGUUCGCACGCGCCGCUCACAGGGCUUGCUCCUGGUCCUCUCCAACACCACCAGUCAGUAUCUGCGUGUCUGGUUAGAGGAUGGAAAGGUCAAAGUUCAAAUCAACAACUUUGAAAGCCUGCUAGGAAGUGAAACGGUCAGCGAUGGUCACUUUCACCUCAUAACUGUGCUUGUGGAGCCAGAAUCCCUGUCCCUGUUUAUGUCUGCUAAGAGCCAAGGCCGCAUCCCCAUCCGCAGUGUGCUGGUCCAGGCUGGAGAUGCGGUGUAUGUGGGGGGUUUACCGGACCGCCGUGCAUCGCUAGCCUUCGGUGGCUUCUUUAAGGGCUGCAUCCAAGAUCUCCGUAUGAACAGCAGACACCUGCAGUUCUACCCCGUCAGUGUCCCGGUGAGCUCCAGAGCUCGACGAAAGUCACGCGCGGCUGCACUGGCGACGACUCCUGCAGCGUUUGGUCAAUGUUAGCCUCCGCAGCGACAGCCACAUAAUCACCUAUCGUGGCAAUGGAAAAAUAUGGCGAUACCUCAGCAGCAUUUCAAUACAUUUCCGUACCAGGCACCAGAAUGCGACUCUACUGCAUGCUGAGCGCGAUUCUCAGUUCAUUACCAUUUCCAUUCACGAUGGGCACAUAGUUUUAGAGCUGCAGGGAGAAAAACGAACCUCCUAUGUGUAUAUCCACAGCCUGGACCUGGUGAAUGAUGGUCAGUGGCACACGGCAGACUUCAGCAUGGACAGCCCAGUCCUCCAGUCAUCCAGAUGGAGAAUAGUUCUGGACGAGCGCUGGGAGAAACCCUCCAUCUCCUUCAUAGCCUCAGGAGAUCUGGAUUUCCUCCGAGAAGAUGUGGACAUCAUCUUAGGAGGCUUGGGACCCGAUUCGAAGGGUAACUUCGCUGGCUGUCUCGGUUUGGUGGAGAUCGGAGGCCUUGCAUUGCCAUAUUACAGUGACAUGGAGAUGAACCAGCCCAGACCCCAGGAAGAGCGGUUUCUGAGGACUUCUGGGACUCCCUACUUCGGCUGCUGGGGAUCUAAUGUCUGUGAGCCUGACCCUUGCAAGAAUGGAGGGGUUUGUGAAGAUCUGUUCGACCUUUUCAAGUGCCAUUGCCCAUCUGAUUGGGAUGGCCAGCGUUGUGAAUUCACUGUAGAUGACUGUGCAUCAAACCCAUGUGUUCACGGAGCCUGCAGAGUGAUCUCAGCUGGAUUCGAGUGCUCGUGUGAUGCAGGCUACACCGGCCGGCGCUGUGAAACGGAGGUGGACAUAUGCGCCCACCACAAGUGCAGCAAUGGAGGAACAUGCCUAAGAGGAUUGAAACGCUACUCAUGUCUCUGUCCAAGAAACACGACGGGCCCUUUCUGCAGGGAGAGAGUUCCAGAACUUCCAUGGUAUAACGACAGGUUUCCG